AUGACCAGCCCAACUACCAACUCUAAUCUCAGGUUCCUGAACAAGAAUAAGCAAAACGACGAUACUAUGGAGCAAGCAGACAUCAAAGCUGAGCAGAUUCGGUGCUCCAGUCUCGUCACAUUACCGGUCGAGGCAAUGCCCAAAACUACUACUUCACGCCCCCCUCUCCUCGCUCUACCGGAGGAGAUCAAGUUGAUGGUACUGUCCGGAUACCUACCUUCCAACAAGUUCUUUGUUCGCCCGGAUUUCGAGGGAAAUCAGCUUCAUACCUUCGACUUCACGAAACAAGUCUUGCCACUCUUGGUGGCCAUUCCAGAACUGAAGUAUCUGGUAUACGAGGUGUUAUUCAAACAGAACAAGAUCCUGAUAACGACCUCUCCUCGUGGCGGCAUACCAUACCCUCCGGGGUGGAUGAACGCGCUAAUUCCGCGACUGUGCGUGCGCAUACACAUGACUGAGAAGGGUAUACAAUUUAUACGCCAGCUAGCGAUGGGAAAGCUUGGGUUCGAGAAGCUUGUCGAUAUCGAGAUCAGACUUACGGCCGCAAGGAUGAAAGUCAUCUUGAGAGAACCUACACUCCUAACACGUCGGUCCAGCGAGCCUUCAGUACCGCAUGUCGCAGUGGUCUUAAAGAAUAUGGAGUCUAUCGUAUUCCCAGUCAAGACCAUCACAGUAUCUUGCGCAUAUGCUAAUAACGUGCAUUCGCAAAUGUACUACUGA